AUGUACGUGAGCUCUCUCUUGGAUAAGGAAACCAGCAUGUAUCCAGGAUCUGCAAGGGGUAACCACAGCCUGCCUGUGCAAAACUUUGUGUCCACUCCGUCCUAUCCAGAUUACAUGGGAUAUCAUCAUGUGCCGGCUCUGGACAACCAUGGCCAGCCUGCAGGGCCCUGGGCACCUCACUACGGCCCGCAGAGGGAUGACUGGACCACUUAUGGCCCGGGACCCUCCAGCACCGCCGCUGCUGCGCAGAUCAACGGCUCCUCUCCUGGGCAGGUCUCCUACAGCUCUGCUGAUUACAGCUCCCUGCAUCCCGCUGCAGCUGGGGGGUUACCUCCCGCAGACGCACCUAAUGCCCAGCAAAUCUCUCCCACCAGCCAACGGCACAGCUCUUACGAAUGGAUGCGGAAAACGGUGCAAGUUAACACCACAGGUAAAACGAGAACAAAAGAAAAAUAUCGAGUUGUUUACACAGACCACCAGAGACUAGAAUUAGAGAAGGAAUUUCACUGCAACAGAUAUAUUACAAUAAGGAGAAAGUCAGAACUUGCAGCAAACCUGGGACUAUCUGAAAGACAGGUAAAAAUUUGGUUCCAGAAUCGCCGAGCCAAAGAGAGAAAAAUGAUCAAGAAGAAAAUCUCUCAGUUUGAUGGCAGUAGCGGCUCAGUUCAGAGCGACUCUGGUUCACUCAGUCCAAAUGAAAUAUCUAGUUCUCUGUUCCCACCACCACAUGGAAUAAACGGAUUACAGCCUGUUGAUGUUCAUCAAGUCACACUUUCAGAAUGAACAGAAAGGAAAAAAAAAAAAAAAAAGA